UAUCCAUGUAGAGAUAGAUGCCAGCGCGAUUUUGUGAUUGAAGCCGGGCGAGGUGAGGCAAUCAAGGGGCCACGAUCGAUCGAGAUUUGUCGGCUCGCCCUUCCUCCCUCGCCUCGCCUCUCUGUCGCUCUCGUCUCCACAGACAAACCUGCCCUGCCCUGCCCUCUCCUCCUCCGAUCCCUCUCUCUCUCUCUCUCUCACAAAAACAGAGUACGUGAUCUUCUUCUUCUCCUUGCUCCCAAAUCCCAAUCAAUUCAGUUCAGAAGGCUAUACUAUAGUAACAACCACUGUUGUUAGUUUCCCAUCGAUCCGAUCCAAUCCAAUCAUAUAUAUUUCCCCUCCAACCGCCAAGAUUAAUCAACUAAUUAAAUGGAUCUCGAGAAAGAUUGGGAGCUCCUCCCCGACGAGGGGUUCCUUGAUAUCAAUGAUGAUGAUGAUGAUGUAGAUGAGAAGAAGAUCUACUCCUGCAGCAGCAGCAGGAGGAGGUUUCACUAUCAGCCAAGUAUGUUCCAGAUGAACUACUUCGUCUGCCCAUCCCCCAAAUCAGAAUCAUUAUUCAUCCCCCUCGUGUCCCAUCUCCCAACUGACCAUGAUUCUGAGACACAGGACGGCGGAGACGAUGAUCGCAUCACCGCCACGGCAGCGGCAGCAGGUUUUGAUGAGGUGGUUCCAAUACCAAUACCGAUACCAUUGGCAGGUUCUUCGCCACAAGUAGUAUUUCUCAAGAAGGUCAAGGAAAUCACGGAAUCCGUAGUCGACACCAUCAAAGUCAGCAGCAGCAGCAGCUGGGGAAACGUGCCCCGUCCUCGUGAGAUCGAAGGCGACAAUUUCCAGUUUGUGGAGGAGAAGGAUCCUGUUGCUGCAGGGGGGAUAUUGACCGGAAUGGUGAUGACGGCUAACAGUAGGAGCAGCAGCAGCAGCCACUUGGAUUCAGAUGAUAAUGGUGGAGAAGGAGGAGGAGGCCCUAAUAAUAAUAAUAGCAUUUGGAAGUGGAGGUGGGGGCUGAGCGGAGUCGGGGCUAUUUGUUCAUUCGGAAUCGGAGUGGCUGCUGCUGCUGCCGCCUCUCUAAUUUGCGUCGUCAUCCUCAACAACAGCCACCACCAUCAGCUUCAUUUUCAGCUUAAUUACCCCAACUCCAACCACUACAACUACAAGCAGGGGACGAAGGAAUCAGCGGGGAAGGGUGGUGCAGGUGCUCUUGUCGAUCAUGUUGCAAUUGCUGCAGCAGUUCGAGGAGGAGGAGGAGGAAGAGGAUCAUCGAUUCCCAUUACUACCGCAACUCGUAUCACUUUUGGGGGUUAUUACCAAUACCGCGAUGAUGAUGAUGAUGUUGUUCCUGCACCCACCUCUCUCAUUUGAAACAUAUAUAUGUAAAUAAUUAAGAAGAACAAUCUAAACUAAUUGCGUAUAUUCUGUGAGAGGGAAGGGUGGGGAGCUGAACAGAGACUGUGUACAAAGUAAGAGAGGGUUGGUACUUAAAUUAAUUAUAAGCCAUUAGAUUAACUAUUAA